CGCCCAUUUGGUAUUUAAAUCACUAAAAGCAUCCAUUUAGAUUCAAUUCUGAUCAAAUGAUUAAAAUAAACCCAUUUAGAUCUAGAUAUUUAUUCAUUUAGUGUAGUUAAUUAUUGUGUACAAAAUAUAUACAAUAUAAAACCGUUUCUUUAUGUUGUAUCCAAGUGAAUUUGAAUGCGCAUAAAGAUGAAACAACGUUUGAAAUAUUAUUUAGAAGAAUCAAAUUUACAUGGUUUAAAAUAUGCAGCUGACGAUAGAAGGGCAUGGUUUGUAAGAGCAUUUUGGUGUGUUACAUUUAUCGUCAGUUUCGGAAUUAUGCUCUUACUAUUUUAUAAAUCGUGGAUACAAUUUGAAGAAAACGCCAUCAGCUUCGUAACCGAAACUACUUACCUUCAUUGGAACACCACAUUUCCUGCUAUCUCAGUUUGCCCCAUUACGGGAACUGAACCUGAAUGGGACGAGAAUGAAGAAUUUACAGACGACGAAAUUGACCAACAGAAACAAUUCAUUGCUGACUUGGUUUUUUUCACUGGAAAUUGCUACUCUUGCUACGAUGAUUGCGAAUCUUGUAAAACUAUGAAUUUCACUCAAAAAGUGUUAAGAUAUCGAAAGGAAUGCAAAAAGAUAAUCAUAGGGUGUAAAUGGAACAAAGUCGAUUUUGAUUGUUGCGAAAAUUUUUUGCCGUUGGAAACUGAAUAUGGCGUGUGUUAUUCCUUUAAUUCUAUGCACACUAACAAAAAUAUUAAAUCUACGUUGGACCUUACAAUGAACAGUAAUAGUGGACCCGGAGAAAUAUGGUUUAAGAAUAAAGAAGAUAUAAGGGUAUAUUUUCAUGCUCCUGAGGAUGUACCAUUUAUAAAUUCGGAUCCAGAUCAAAGAAAAGACGUCAUGUUAGGAGAAACUUUUAAUAUAACGAUAAGUGUCAUUGAAAUAAAUAACGAUGAAAAUGUAAAAAACGUCCCUGUAUAUAAACGAGGCUGUAAAUUCCCGUGGGAGAAUGAGGGACUUCUAGUACACAAACAUUACAGUUAUUCUGCAUGCGUUGUUCAAUGCCAUGCAGAAAAUCAUAUUUUUCUAUGCAAUUGUACGCAUCAUCUAAUGCCUUUUUAUAAUAAAAUAGAAUAUUGCAAUAGAGAAGGUCUGCGGUGUCUAACAGAUAAUUUUGAAACUGUUAAUAGAUUACAUGCAAAAGGAUCUGGCUUAAAUAAACCAGGUUUAGUAUGCGAUUGCUUACCAUCGUGUAUAGAACCAGAAUACAAAGUGGUAUUGGAUAAAAAAGGUUCAGCUAUGAAAUCCUCAGAAAAUGAAGUUUUAAUCAAUAUUAUAGGCCUGCCUACGACCAGAUUUAAAAGGAUAGUUCUCAGAUCAUUACUGGAUUUGGUUGUUUCAGUUGGAGGUACAGCAGGUCUCUUCAUUGGAGCAUCCUUAUUAAGCAUAUUUGAAGUUUUUUAUCUUCUUCGUUUUGGACAACCAAAAGGAAAGAAAAAUAAAUAUUAUUAGUUUCAGUUGGAGGUACAGCAGGUCUCUUCAUUGGAGCAUCCUUAUUAAUCAUAUUUGAAGUUUUUUAUCUUCUCCGUUUUGGACAACCAAAAGAAAAGGAAAAUCAAAAUUAUUAGGUAGAUCUUUAUUGGAUAAACGUGGUUUAUUUUAAUAAAUUUAGCAAAAUCUUACACUUUGUGUUGUAUAUAUUUUUUGGUCUUCUUAAUAAAUACUUAAGUGCAAAUGAUUCUGGAUAGGAAAAGUCGACUAAAAAGUCUGCCGAUAAAUAUGUAGACAAGAGAAAACAAUAUGGCGUACGGAUACAUCAAGAAUUGUAUAUCAUCGGAAAUAUUCGGAAUCCCAUAAAAAAUUACCUACACAGUAACCUUAAAAUAUGUUGAAAUUUUACUGUCCUUUUAAACAUUCAAUAGCUUCAUUAUCUACAUCAUUUUUAGACUCAGGGGCGGUUCGUGACCAAAAUUUUGAGGGUUCACAGUAGCAGAAUAUAGAUCUCGGUACAGAUGUUGGUAAAAAACUGUCAGUGUUUUAGAAAGGUAUAUCAUAAACUUUCUAAAACACUGAAAGUUUUUUCAUACAUCUGUACUGAUAUCUAUAUUGUGAACCCCAAAAUUUUGGCAGCAAGCCGCCACUGCUAAGACUCAUUAUUAUCAUCAAUUUCUUCGUAGACUGUAUUUGGGAACUGGAACCACCAGUUUCAUUAAAAUAGGAAAAAUAUCUUUCACAUAACUUUGCUUCUGUUUAAUGGAAAAGUAAGAUAAAAAUUACUAGUCUAAAUAAAGAAGUUCCUUUGUUAGUUAGCACUUUUUCACUCUGUCAUUAUAUCAUAUUCAGGGCCGUUAAAUAUAAAUGGUGUAGGCAUAGGAACGCAACAAUACGAGGAGUGAUCAAAACAUAAUGGAAAUUUUAGUUUUUCUUAAAGAAUCUUUAUUAAUCAAUAUCAAUUUUGUCCUCUUUCUUCAUAAUGAUCCCCCUGAAAUUAAAUACACUUGUGCCAAUGCUCUUUUCAUUAUUAGAAGCAGUUCUGGAACUCACUUUUCGGUAUAGUCUGUUUUUAUCUCGUCAGUGAUGACAAAAUGUCGUCCUUUCAUGAUUCUCUUCAGUCUCCUCGGGAAUAGAAAGUCACAGGGGGCAUGUUGUGCGAAUAAGCUGACUGAUGCAAAAUAACCAUUUUGUUUCUUGCCAAAAAAAAUCACGACUAACUAGUAAGGUGAGAUCAUGUUAGCGUGCUGCAACUGACACUUGUGAUGUUGACACUUUUCUGUGCGUUUUCCACGCAAAUGGUGCAUAACUUUCAGAUAGGAUUCCUUAUUAACAGUGCGACCAUAUAACAGGAACUCAUGAUGCAUUGCGCUAUUGAAAUCAAAGAAAAUAGUGACGAGAAUCUUCAAAUUUGAUCACUUGCUUCUAGGGCCUUAGUUUUGUCAUCACAUCACAUUAGUUUCAUCACCUGUUAUGACCAUUUUUAUAAAGUCUGGAUUGUUGUUGACUUUACUCAGUAAUUUCAGAGCGAUGUCUACGCAAUUUGUUUUUUUUUUAAUCGAAAUUAAACAAUUUUGGAACAAACUUUUAGGCCCAAAUCAUCCGAAAAAAUUGAUUUUACAUGAGCCAAAUGAUAUUCUGACAUCAUCAGCAACCUCUCUAGAUAGUGAUUCGACGAAUUUCCAGCAACAUUUUAUUCACUUAUUCCACGGUGUCGGCGGUUGUUGAUAUUUUAGGACCUCCAGGUCGGUCGUCAUCUUUAACCUCUUCACGGUCCUCUUUGAAACAUCUGUACCACUCGUUAACUCUUCUUUGAUCCAUUUUUUAGAGAAAGUUAUGAUAGUAAACAUUCAAAAUGAUUGUUACCUGCAACUUACUUCAAGCACAUUUAAUUCUAACCAAACUUUUAACAAAAACAUCAAUA